AUUGGUGGAAGGCGGUGCCGUGGCGAGCCCAGGCGAGCUGCAGAAGCCCUAAACUCCAGUUAGUAAGUACGUUUGCUUCAUCUCGGUAGAGAUUCCAGAAACAAAAUUAAAAUUGCCAUGGCCGGAAGGGAAGUGAGGGAAUACACUAAUCUAACGGAUCCUAAAGAUAAGAAAUGGGGAAAAGGAAAAGAUAAAAUAGACGAUGAAGACAUUACUUUCCAGCGAAUGGUUGCUAAGAUGCAAGAGGUUGCUGGAGAACGUGGAGGCUACCUUCAUGGACGGGGCGCCUUGGACAGUGAUGACUUACUUUAUCUCAAGGAGCAGAUGGAGGCUGAAGAGGAUGCAGAACGCCUCCUUCGCCGCACAGAAAAACGAGCAUUCGCUGCAUUUAAAAAAGCUGCGACUUUAGCAGACUCUUCACCUGCAUCAGUUCCCUUGCCACUUCGUGUUGAACCGAAGCCAAAAAGUGGGAUUAGGCAGCAGGAUCUACUAAAGAAGGUGGUGGAAGUGAAGCCCAAACGGCCACGAGUCUCGAACCAUUCCAGUGGAAGCCAUUCCAUGUCCACUUCAGUGGAUCAUCCAUCAGGAAAUUCUAAAUCUAUGGCUGACCAGGAGAAAUCAACUGUAGGCAAAGCCGGUGAGGCUAAUACGGAGAAUGUAGUUAGUAAUAAGCCUGGGCAGGUAAAACCUGUAAAAAGCUUGUUAGGGUUAGCAUAUGCGAGUUCUGAUGAUGAAGACUGAGGAAUGAAUAACAUUGAGCCAGCGGGCUGGUAUGUUACUUUGUUUAUUGAUUGAUUUUUGUAAUAUGCUUAGUAACAGAUUAUAUCCAAUCUCUGACCCAGAUUAUCAGUGUGAUUUGUAUGUUUGAUAAAGCACUAUUAGAAACUAAUAAUAUAGGAAGCACAUAAAUACUAAUUUCAUUUUGUGUUAUAAUUCAA